AUGGUGGUCGAUGCUGGGCGCCUUCUUCUGAUUGGUCCAGCACCUUUGAUACAGCACCGCACAUGUGUCGCCGGCCAGACCUGUGCCGUGGAUGGCAUCUCUGGUGUGGAGUUGCAGCCGGAUGAUGCCUACCUCUUGUCGGACGACUGCCAGCAGGUCAUUCCAGGUCUGCCGGAAGGUGGCUACGCAACCGCAGCUCCCAACACCAGCCUGGUGCAAUGGAGCAGCACCCCAGCCACUGCCCAGGGAGGCACUUACAAACUCUGCUGGUGUGCUUCCACUUCCAUCCAGUCCGUUUGCUCCGGCACAGAGUUUGGUUCGCUAGUAAUGAUAGGUCCGCGGCCUUUGGAGCAGUCAAGCACUUGCUCCAGCGGCCAGGCCUGUGAGGUGUGGUUGUCGGGAGUUCACCUCUCUGCAACGAAUGUCCUGGUCCUCGACACCUGCGGCGUUUUUGGGUUGCCCGGCUGGCCGAAGACUCUACUCACGUCACGGGCGAACGACACAGACCCGAAGUGGCUGGCCGGUUGGAAUGAGGUCACUGCCGCAGGAGGUACCGAUUUGGGCCACCUGGCUAUUUUGGAUACGUGUGGCACAACACACCAGAUGUGGGAGCACGGCGAGCACAUCCUGCCUCUGAUUAACCAGAGCAACACAAGUUUGGAGCGGCUUCGGCUCUCGCAUGCUGGAGGCGCCUAUCGCCUGUGCUGGUGUUCCAGCUCGAUUACGGGCAACAACUCAGCAGCGCCGUGCUCCGUGAGUUCCAACUUCCGCACGGAUGUGGGCUCCAUGCUGAUCAUCGGCGUCGCACCUUUGCAUCAGGACAGGACCUGCAUCACGGGCAUGCAAUGCUCCUUCGAUGUGGAAGGCCUUUGGCUGGCGUCGGGAGAUGAGGUUCUGGUUCUUGACACUUGCGGUUCUGGAGAAGGCAGGUUCUCGGCAUCGAUGAUGGCCAGAUGGGAGAUGCAAAACAACAGCCUCAACUUGACAGAUGCUGCUUCUGUGGCUGGGGCUCAAAUCUUGCCCAAUUCGAUUCUCUCUGCCAGUGGGGGCAAGUACCGUUUGUGCUGGUGUCAAGCAUCGCAGCACGGCUGCGUGCUCUCAUCGCAUUUUCAGACCGACUUUGGUGAGCUCUCAGUGGUUGGGCCCAGCCCACUCACACAGCAGAGGACCUGCGUUGCCGGGCAGAGCUGCGCCUUCGAUGGCAUACAGGGGCAAUACUUGAGUUCUCCGAGCUUGGCAGUGCUGGACACCUGUGGACUUGCAGGUGCACCCUUCAUUCCCAGCCUUGCCACGCCGGACAGCGACAUGGGACGCUUCCAGUUGGAUAGCUCUGCGGAUGUGCGUGUCGCUGGCGGACAGUACAGACUUUGCUGGUGCCCAAGAAGUUUUAUGAACUCCACAAAUGCUAGCGACUGCCUCGCGGAAGAGCACAUCGUCACUUUUGGUAGCCUGGAGAUCAUUGGACCGUCACCUUUGGGUGCCAGCUUCACAUGCAUCAGCGGCCAAAGCUGCACAAUCAAGGGGCUUUCUGGCGCUGGACAGUAUCAUUUGACUCCCGGAGACAAGCUGUUGAUCUUGGAGACCUGUGCGAGUCAUGGCUUGGUGCCCAAAGGUUUGACGGAGGCCGUGCCGGCUCAGACGUCUCUGGUUUUCAGCAGUGGUGUCAUCUUCACGUGGCCGUUGCUGCCAACAUCUCCAGGUGGAACUUAUCGCAUGUGUUGGUGUGCCGCGGCUUUCAGCUGCAGCUCCAUGGAGGAUUUCAAAGUGGAUGCCGGGGAGUUGAUGCUGGUGGGUCCCAGCCCGCUAAAGCAGGACAGGACUUGUGUCAGCGGCCGCACUUGUGUGGUGGAUGACAUAUAUCUCUUCCCUGACUCCAAUGCGUCACUCAAUGAGUCAGAUUCCAUGUUCCUCGUUUUGGACACCUGCGGCAGCUUCUCCCUUGCUGGUGGCUUGAUGACCAAAGGAACGCUGGAUGCCACCGGCUUGGUGCUAGCCUCCCACAAGGUGAGCGCCGCCGGAGGCUCCUACCGCCUAUGUUGGUGCGGCUCCCAAUGCAGCAAGUCCACGGAUUUCCGGGUGGAUGUGGGGGAGAUGACCAUUCUGGCGCCCUCGCCCUGGCAGCAAACCUGCGUCAGUGGUCAGACCUGUCAGCUGCAGGGAGACGCUGAGAGCAUUCGUGCCCUUGAUGCCUGCAACUUGGGCUCUUCCACAGACAUGGUCAUAUCCAGCGGAGUCGGGGGAGAGUACAGGAUGUGUUGGUGCGCCGGCAGCUUUUCCUGCUUGGCAUCUGAGCAGUUCCGCGUUGACUUCGGCAGCCUCUUCCUGCUGGCACCCGCCGCAAAGGGCCGCACGUGUGUCACGGGGCAGCGCUGCUUGCCCGAGGGCUUGUUCGAAGGGCUCGGAGGUGCCAUCCAGGUUCUGGAGACAUGCGGCUCCGCCAGCCCGGUCCAAGGCUUUGGCUACUCGGUUUGGGAGCCGUCGGCCAGCGAGGGACUUUACAUCACGGCGGCUGGAGGUAUCUACAGGCUCUGCUGGUGUGGCCAGUCAUCUGAAUUGCGGCAAGUCGAGAACUUGACCCUGGAGUUGUCCUGCACCACGCCGCAGCAAUUCGUGACGGAUGUGGGAUUCUUGUGGGCGUGUGUGAUUGACCCUUUCCGUGGCCUAACAGAUGGCUUGGAUGCCGUAGCUGUCCUGGAGACCUGUGGGGUUGAUUUGGGCCUUGGAAUGUUCAAUGCCGACCUCAAUGCCUCACGCAAUUAUACCGGCAACGAGACUGCUAUCCGACUCAGCUUUUCAAAUGCGGAGGGUUCGCAGCUGGAUGGGGGCAACUACAGACUUUGCUGGUGCACAGGCGAGAUGUGUGCGGAGUUUCAAGAUUUCCGUGCAGACAUUGGCAUGCUUCAGGUAGUUGGCCCCAGCCCUUUACAGCAGGCUCACACCUGUGUAAGUGGUUACCGCUGCGCUCUGGAAGGCAUCACUGGCGUUGGCCUCUCCUCUCCUUCCGUGACCGAGUUCCGCUUGUUGCAGGAUGGAGCGUCGACCUACGACGUGCGGCUCUUUGAGCUCCACUUCGGGCCGAGUGACUCGGGGCCUUGGACGCAGGCCUUGCUCACGGCGGCCGAGGCAUCCACCCAGUGGCAGCGCUUCUCCGGUUGGGCGCCGGCGGAUGCGGCGGACGCGGGCUUCUGGCGGCUCCGUGUGCUGCAGACAUACGGCCUGGAGCCGCGGCUUCGCGAGGUGGAGUUCUGGGCGCAGGGGCAAGUGGCCAAGGCUGCUGUCUCUGCCUCUGGUCCCGCCUAUGCGGCAGGCGGCAUCACCUUCUCGGCCGAAAAGCUGGUGGACAGAAAGCUGGGCGACGACUCUCGCUCCUUGCCAAUGAUCGAGGUUUGCAACACCUUGAGCCAAGGCUGGAUCCCACUGGGCUCUGAGUGGGAGGUGGUCUUCGACCUGCGAGACGGCGACAGCUUCAUGGUUUUGGACACCUGCGGAAGUUGGAGUUUGGUGCCCGGCUUCCUGUCUGUGGGCGUUGCAGAGGAGGUCAUUGAGACGGUUGCACGCGUCUCGUGGGGAUCCACUUUAGUGAGCGCCCAGGGCGGACAGUACAAGCUGUGCUGGUGUCGCAGGGGCAGCUCGUGCAUCUCUCCUUCACAGGAUUUUGGACUCGAGAUCGGCACGCUGACCAUCGAAGGCCCGCAUUUCAAUCAAGCCACUUGCGUGGCCGGCCAGCGCUGUGUCAUUGAUGCUUUCCGUGGCCAAGACAUCACAGAUCAAGAUCAGGCCAUGAUAUUGGAUACUUGUGGAGUGGACCAUUUGAUGGGAGAUCUGACAAGGCAUAUUGCCAGUCUCACAACAGCAGACUCCUAUGCAACAUUUGGCAUACCUGGAACCGGCACCCGCCUGAACUCGACGCAGGCAACAGCAAACUUUGGCGCUGAACCUAUCACAUGGUUUGGUGGUGUGUACCGCCUGUGCUGGUGCAGACCUUCAGCAGGCGGCUGUGCUUCGCCUGCAGAUUUCCUGACAUCAGCAGGUGAGAUUUCCCUUGUGGGGCCUUCCCCCAACCAGCACCGGACUUGCAUCAGUGGCCGUGCCUGCCCGUCACAGCUGCUAACAGGGUACGGCGUCUCUGGCAGUGACCGCAUCCUCCUGCUGGAAACAUGUGGAGUGCGCAAAGUCGUGGACCGGUUCUUUGCCAUUGACACAGGAGAGCUGGCUGCAGCCAAUUUGACAACCAAUGUUACAAAGGUGUCCAGUGGAGUUGUCUCCUUUGGUUGGGGCAGCAUUCCAAUUACCACAGAAGGCGGAAGCUACCGCAUGUGCUGGUGCUCUGAGGUUGCAUCCUGCUCUGAACCGCAUGACUUCAGGAUCGACAUCGGAGAGCUCACCAUCAUGGGUGCAGGCACCUCUCAUGCGUACACCUGCGUCAGCGGCUUGCCUUGCCAACUGGAUGGCCUAACAGGAGAGGCGCUGGGGGCAGAUCAGCAUCUGGCCAUCCUCAGCACCUGCGGGGCAACAGAGGCAGCCACUUUUCUGAGGGCAUCGGAUGGUGUGUCCUUCUCCGCCAGCACCACCAUUUGGCCAGGCGGCACCUACCGCCUUUGCUGGUGCUCCUUGCCACUUCAAACAUUCAACGGCACAGAGGGCCUCAAUUCCUCGAAUUCGACUCUGGGCCACUGCUCCAAGUCCAGUGACUUCUUGCUCGAUGCGGGCGAGAUCAUGCUGCUGGGCCCGUCACCUCGCGCUCAGCGCUUCACUUGCGUCACCGGGGCCACCUGUCAGCUGGACACACUCAGCGGAGUGGGGCUGUCUGAAGACAACAUGCUGCGCGUCAUGGACACUUGUGCAGUUCCGGCGGCGGCCGUGCCACGGAUGCCGCUGCUGGCGACAGUGCUGCAAGCAACUGGCACAACAGCAGAGGCAUCUUGGGGGGACACGAAGGUGUCCGCGCCCGGAGGCCUCUACAGGCUGUGCUGGUGCUCAGGCUUGGCCGGCCACUGCGUGCGGAACAGCACCAAUGUGAGCGAAUGGGCCACCCAGAGAGAUGAAUGCUUCAACGUUGAUGUGGGUGAAAUGCAAGUCUUGGGUCCUGCUCCCCUCGAGCAAGACAGGACUUGUGUCAGUGGCCAGGCUUGUAUGAUCUCGUCCAUCGCAGGCACCGGCGUUGACCUUGGCUCCUUCCUUAUCCAAGAGACCUGCGGAAUCAGCCCAGCUCAGGUGGUGCCACGUCUUAGCAAUGCAGGGCUCAUGGAUUCCAUGCAGCAUAUGGUCAGCUUUGGAACGCCCACCGCGGCUGGAGGGGUAUACCGUCUUUGUUGGGCCCCGAACGAGAUCCUUCAUGCUGGGAACAAAACUUUGCUAGCUGGCAACCUUAGCAAUCAAUCUGGAGAGUUCCUCUACUUCCAGCUUACAGGGAAUGACACCAAUGCCACCAACGUCACCAGAGUAUCCCUGGCAGACUGGCUCGUGGAUGUCGGUCAGUUACACCUGAUAGGCCCAGCACCUCUAAGGCAAGAUUUCACCUGCACUGCAGGCAUGCCCUGCGAUUUGCGGCCCAUUUCUGGUCACUACUUGGGACUGAACGACAGCCUCAUCCUCUUGGAGACGUGCGGUGCGACUUCCCCAGUUGCCACGUCUGCCACUGCCGAGCUGGACAUCCCGAGGUCAGGCUCCUGGGUGGGUCCUCAACUCUCUGAGGGCAGCUACCGCUUGUGUUGGUGCGCCGGACCUGACGUCAACGGCUCGAAGGUCGUGAACUCGAGUCGUGAGACCUGCGUGGUGCAGGCCGACUUCCGCGUGGACAUCGGGCAGGUCUGGGUGCAGGUGCCGGAGGCAAACAUGACGGGCUACUGCACCCAGGUGCAAGCCUUCCAUGGAGGAAUUUGGACUUGGGAGGAGGAAUGCAUCCAGAGUGGCCGGAGGCUGCUGCAUAUGGUGAAUGGCACUGAGAUCGAUGUCAAUGGCACAGAGGCGGAAGAAGUGGAGAUGGAGAUGGGGCCAUGGCGGGACCAGUCGCGGACCUGCAUCAGCGGGCAAGCCUGCAGCGUCUUGCGCCUCAUGGGCGAGGUGCAGCCCUUGGACUCUGUGCUGAUCCUGGACACUUGUGGCGUCGCCUCCUAUGUGCCACGCUGGCCCAGGGGAGGCAGGAACCUGCUGCAGUACGACAACAGCUCCAACGCCACGGCCUUCCACUCCUUGUCUUGGGGGGAGACCAAGGUGUCGGCCAUGGGUGGCAAGUACCGGCUUUGCUGGUGCAGCUCCAGCACGCCCUGCUCCACCUUCGAGGACUUCCACACAGAUGCCGGUGAGCUGAAUCUCAUUGGUCCAGUGCCAUCUGCUGGCACCUGUGUGAGUGGGCGCCCCUGCGGAAUGACACUGCAAGGGCACCACCUCUCUGCCGGCGAUGCGAUUUGGGCGCUUGAGACCUGCGGUGUUCAUUCUGAUGCCGACUUGCAGUUUUCUAAGCACAGCGUGACGCUGCCGCAGAACACCAGCGUCAGUGGUUUUGUAUCAACACUGCAGCUGGAGCAUCCUUUGCCCGUUGCUGCUGGUCGGCUUUACAAGUUAUGCUGGUGCGGCGCCGGAUGCCCAUGUUCCAGUGUGGAGGAUCUUUCAGUUGAAGCUGGGGAGCUGACGCUGCAAGGGCCGAGCUCAAGUGAGCAACACCGCACUUGCGUGAGCGGAAGGACAUGCGCCGUGGAAGGUUUGCAAGGUGAGGGUCUCUCGGACUAUGACAGCUACUUGAUCCAGGACACCUGUGGCAGUGACCAGAUAUUAGAGGCUGCUGCCAAUGCUGGCAAAUCUGUGCAGGUUCUGGCGAGUGGUGCCGUUGUGAGGAGGCCUCUAUCAGCUUUGCUGGUGUGGGGCAGCCACCAAUGUUUCCACUUGCACGACAGGUGA